GGACUGGCUAGCUGUAUAGCUAGCCAGCGUCGUGAGUUGAUGUUAAAGAGGAGGGAAGCACACCAACACUAACAUAGAGCGUACACAACUGAAAUCAACAAAGAAUCAGCUUUUUGCUGCUUCACUUGUUAAUCGAAUCGUAUUUAGUUGAGUUGUACAUUUCGUACAAUUUGACUUGUGUUCAAGGAACAAUAUUUCUUUUGUUUACCAAAUCCAAUCAGAAAUCUAAUUGGACAAAUAAAAUGUUCCACAACGGAGUGUUUCUGCUAGAAGAACUGCAACUGCCUACGGAAGCGACAACCUAUUGCCGCCUUUGCCUAAACAAAGAUAACCUCACAGAACUGGGACAAUUUGGCAAGGUGUUCUCCGCAGCGGAUGCCACCUCCGAAAACACGGUUCAGCUGGUUCAGUUGAUCUACGAAUGUACAAAUGUCGAACUUUCUCUCGCCGAUGAACCUGGGUGUGCUAUUUGCGGUGGUUGCCAGCGGGCGCUAGUCGAGUUCCAUCGUUUCAGAUCGCAGGCAAAACGCGUGGAUGAGCUAAUUAAAUCUCGACUGAUCGAGAGUUUCCCUCGCCAAAUUACGACCCCGCUUGAAACAGAUAAGACUGAUAAUGACCAACAGUCUCAGGUGCCUGUAGACAGUGGUUCACCAACCGUAGGUACUAUUAGCCAUAAGGAAUCCAUCGAAGGAUCACUGAAGCGGAAUCAAAUGCCUAGCAGUUGUAGCAAAAGCUCACACACUCGUUUAAGGAAGCUGAAGCCUUUUCUGAAUGCUGUUACGAGCGGGGGCAAACACAAGUGUCGCUACUGUCCGAAAUCGUUCCACACAACUAUCGGACUAACGGAACAUGCCCGAGUGCAUAACCGUCCGCACCAGUGUCCCAACUGUCUGGAGCAGUUCCAGCACGCACCAUCGCUGGCGAGGCACGUGCGCAACAGGACCUGUUACACUUUCACGAAGUACCGCUGCCGAGUCUGUGCGGAAAGCUUCCUAGAACAGUGUCACUGGGCGGAGCACAUUAAGAUCCAUGCCGUCGAUUUUCCGUAUCAGUGCCAGGAAUGUCUGUCGCAGUUCAAACAUAAAGCUACCCUGCGACGUCACGUCAAUACGGUACAUCUGCUGCAGUACUAAAGUUUGUGUAUGUCAGUAUUUUUUACAUGUGUGCAUUUAAAUGAAAUGAAAAUUUGGUCAAAGAUCCAUAGAGAUGAUUAACUUAUUAGAAGUGAAUGAUCUUAUUCUGUACGAAGGCGAAAUAAAUUUUAUUUUCAAUUGAAACUGAAAUAAACGGUUGUUUGAUAAAUAGGUUUUAUGACAUACGACUUCUAGUAAAAGGCAAAUCGUCAGUAUUAGUUUUACUUCAACUCACUCUAUUUGUUGCUUUCAUAUUUCGAAAGUAGUCACACUUAUCUGCUAGAACCGGUAUGUAAACCGUCAAGUUUUCUCGCUGUUGUUUUGAAGCGUUGGAAUGCUCAACGCUUCAUUUGCUGCGAUAUUUAAUACACCCAGAGUAAAAACUACAUGCACAAAUUUUCGUGCUCGUCUAUCGGUAAUAGUUGAAAGCGCGCCAAACACCAAGUCGAUUGUUAUAAAAUAUAUAUGUAUAAACUUGUCGCGUUUUCUAUCAAAUCACAAUUCCAAUCCGAUA